AUGGAAGGGGGUGGCUGCCGAGCGUCCGAAGGAGCCGCGGAGGCUCGCGAAAAGGCCCUCGAGGAGGCGGUGAACCGCUGGACCGGCCCCUUCUACGUCCACCAGGCCCUUCAGGCUUUCCGGGCCGGCCGCAGCCGGGACUUUCGCCAGCUGCGGGACGUCGUAUCUGGUGGGGAGACCAGUUAGUUUUACGAAAGGGGCAUUUGGGGAACAUUGGCGCUGGGUGAAAUAAUUCUCAAGGUACAGUGGUACCUCGGGGACUUAAUUCGUUCCGGAGGUCCGUACUUGACCUGAAACUGUUCUUAACCUGAAGCACCACUUGAGCUGCCGGAGCACCAUUUCUGUUCUCAUCCUGAAGCAAAGUUCUUAACCUGAAGCACUAUUUCUGGGUUAGCGGAGUCUGUAAGCUGAAGCGUAUGUAACCUGAAGCGUAUUUAACCCGAGGUACCACUGUAUUUCCUGCUGAGGAACGUGAAUGUAAAUAACUAAUAAUAAUAAUAAUAAUAAUAAUAAUAAUAAUAAUAAUAAUUUUAUCAUUUAUGUGGCUGGGUUUUCUCAGCCACUCUGGACGGCUCACAGCAUACAGUAUAUCAGAACAUACUAAAACAUCAAACAUUAAAAUAUAUUGCCUAAUAGCCCCGGUUCCACUUAUGUCACUAUUACGUAUUUACAUUUAUAUAUCACAUUUAAUAGUCAUUAGGUGUUUUCAUUUAAGAAAAAGUGAACCUAAAGCAACUUAAAAUAUAAUACAAUCUAUAUCCCUGGAAUGCUUGUCAUUUGCCUUUAGAAAUUAAGGGAACCGAUUUUAAAAGAAAAGGCACAACGUACAACUAACCAACAGCACAGAACUCAGAAGGUCAGUCUGAAAACAGCCAGUUGUGAUUCUCAGCAAGAUGGUUAGGAUACAUGCCCCCUUAAAUGAAUGCCUCCUAAAGCCCAUCACAGAUGGUCAUGAGAAGGGUUAGGAUCCCCCCACCCACCCGUAGCCUCCUAAGUACAGUGGUACCUCGAUUUAUGAACUUAAUCCAUUCUGGAAGUCCGUUCUUAAACCAAAAUGGUUCUCAAACCGAGGCGCACCUUCCCUAAUGAGACCUCCCGCGUCCGGUGCCCUUCCACCGUUCGUAUUCCGUUCUUAGACUGAGGUAAAGUUUUCAAACUGGACACUAUUUCCGGUUUUGUGGAGUUCGUAAACCAAAUCGUUCUUAAACAGGACUGUUCUUAAACCGAGGUACCACUGUACUGUACCUGAAAACUUCAGCGCCCUCUUGAAAUCUAUUUCAAAUUGGAGAAUGUUGAUGCGUAUAUUAAGAGAAUGAGUUUAAUGAGUUUUGGGUAUGGCCUGUAGUUGAGUCUGAUGGUUUCCAGAAGCCAACCGCUAGGAAUGGACUAGCACCUUUGGAGUAUAGUUUUAAGAAGCUCAACUACUUUACCACCCGUUUUCUUACAGUAAUUAUUUCUGUAUGUCUGUAAAUAAAACCUGUACAUACUGCAUUUCUGCCCUACAAAACAGGAGCCCCAACAAAAUAUCUGACCACAAAGAUGAAGACACUAAAAAGCGAUGUGUUUGUGUAUAUAUGGAUACUAAGGAUAUUGUAGAUUACACACAAAAAGCAAGCAAAUGCGAAGUGACUCUUGGGCCAAAGGGCAUGUUGGGAUGAAGUUGGCUGUCUGUAUAUGGCCCGGGGUAUAAGGUAUGGGACAGGGCUUUGGUGCCCUGGCCCAAGCCUCAUUACACCUGAUUUGCUGAACUAUCUGAUUUUGCUCAGUGACUGUUCGGACUGUCUUGUUCUUCUCCAGCUGUGCUUGCACGGCCCCUAGCGCAAGAGAAAUGUAUUGGCAUUCAGCUGCAGAUUGUGCAGUUUCUGUCUAAGAUUGAUGAAAAUUGGACCAUUGAUCCCAAGACCAAGUUAAUGCCUCUUGAAGAUGCCCUUGUUAUUUUGGAUAAGAUGAAGGAUGAACUGGACUUAAACAUUGAGGUAGUAGAAGAAAUAAGAAAAAAAAUAAAGGAAGCGGUAAGUGUUAGCAUUUCCUCUUCUGUAGGCACUGAUGACUGUUUCUCAGCCUAG